AUGUCGCAGACAUCGGCAGCAGCAGGGGUCAGCGCUCGCUGGUACAGUUCUGUGCCAAGAGGUCUCCCCGGAGCCUGCAGUUCCUCCAGGGGAAAAAGAGAGCUUAGUGUGGACAUCCAGCAGCCCCAGUGUUGUGGUCACUUCUUAGCAGUUCUCAUUCCAAUUUUGCCCCCACAGGAAUCACAGGGCAACCUGCAGACCUUGGCCACUGGGAAUCAGAUUUGUUUGGAUGGAACAGACCCAGGGACGGCCCUUCUAUCGGCCUCUGACCACUCUCCAACCUUUUUUCCAGUCUAUUAUUCCAUUGAGGUGGAGGCUGCCGUCAACCACCUGGUCAACAUGCAUCUGCAGGCUUCCUACACCUACCUCUCUCUGGGCUUCUAUUUCGACAGUCACCAUGUGGCUCUGGAGGGUGUGGGCCACUUCUUCCAAGAAUUGGCUUGGGAGGAGAGGGCCCCAGAGAGUCUCUUGAAGAUGCAAAACCAGCGCCGUAGCCCUGGCGUCUUCCGGAACUGGCAGAAACCAACCCAAGAUGAGUGGGUUAAUACCCUGGAUGCCAUGGAAGCUGCCCUACUUCUGGAGAAAGGCUUGAAGAAGGACCUUUUGGAGCUGCAUGCCCUGGGUUCUGCUCUCACAGACCUUCAUCUCUGUGACUUCCUAGAGAAUCACUUUCUAGAUGAGGAGGUGAAACUCAUCAAGAAGAUAGGGGACCACCUGACUAAUCUCCGCAGGCUGGGCGAGUACUUCUUCCAAAGACUCACUCUCAAGCAUGACUGGAAGUCUCUGGAGCCCAGCAGCCUCUGA